AGAACUGCUGCAACUGGACCUGAAUUGGGGCGUGGAGAAGGAGACGACUUUGACGAUCUAUUUCGUCCUCAGGACGAUGUUCCGACAUUGCCUCCAAAUCUUGGGCUUAUUGGUGCUGACGGUCACGGUGGUAGAACGCGAACAGUGUCCUCGGUCUUUUCUGGAUUCUCCUAUGCUGUGCGACAGCGGAGUUUCGGAUCUGCCCAACGGGGACGGCAAAUAUCCGGUUAUUCCGAAGUGGAGCACAACUAUGCAGGUGGAGCCCCCGCCUGUCCUAGUGCCAACUACAACAGUGGUGGAAAGCGAAUGAAUAUACAGGUUGCUGCUAGUUGUAGUCAAGAUCGAGCUUCCUCUAGUCCUGAGGACGCUGCGCGGGUCUGGCUGUUGCGCCGCAGACUUCACUUAGUUUUGAACCAGCUGAGUCGAGCAGUAGUGGAGGAAAAUUUUUUUACACGCGGAGCUUUGCAGUUUCUUGAUUUCGC